AACUACAGGCCGACUCCGCCGUCCUCCCUUUCUUACAAGUGUUUCUGCUUUUUAAUUUGUGCUUCGGCGAAUGGAAGAUUCGAUCGGCGAAGUGCAUCGAUUCCUCUUCUCUCUCGUACCCUAAUCCUUCAAAUUGGAGUAUCUAUUCGGUUCUCUUUAUUCUUUCAUUCUCUUCUCUUUUGAUCCUUAUCAUCUUCUCCUCCUCUUGCUACGCCGCGGCUGCCUCCGCCGCCGCCGCCGCGGCGCGUUAGCUGUUGUGCUACAGGGAAUGCGUCUCGCCCGCCCAAAGCAUCUAUUUGCUCCUCUGCCUGGUUCCUUCGCUUGUUCUCAGCUCGAGCUCCAACGCUGAUAGGUCGAUUGGUUGCGCUAUGAGCCAUCACCGGCAGGAAGAACAUGCUAUCUUAAGAGAAAGUGAUGCGAAGGAUUGGUUCUACAAAGGAGAAGGAGCUGCCAAUCUGGUCCUGGGCUAUUCUGGUUCUUCUCCUUCUUUGGUAGGAAAGGUAUUGCGUAUCCAGAAAAGUGCAAGGCAGAUUAACCUUUCUGAAAAUGGAUGCUUAGUCCUAUCUGAUGAGGAGAGACUAAUAUGGGGAGGUGUUGAUGAACUUGUCAAGUCCACUUCGAAAGAAGCUGCUGCCAGAGCCUUUGUCCAAUGUGUCAUGACUAAUUAUUUGGAUUCCAAGCAUAUAGAUCCAGGGAUUCCAAUCCCUGUUUCUAAGGAAUUCUUGGAGGCCGUGGAGAUGAAUAUUAACAGUCAGCGUCCUACAUGGCGUGUUGCUGCCUCUAAUAUUGAUAACCUGUGUGGAUCUGCACUUCUAAUUUCUGAUCAUUCAAUUAUCAGUGGUGCUCCUAAAUCUGACUUCUGCUUUGCAGUAGAAAUAAAGCCAAAAUGCGGUUUCCUACCAUCUUCUGAAUACAUUGCAGAAGCAAAUUCUAUUAAGAAGCAUGUAACAAGAUUUAAAAUGCAUCAGUUCCUAAAACUUCAUCAAGGAGAGGUCUCUCAAGUAAGUGGAUAUGAUCCACUUGAUCUGUUCUCUGGAACAAGGGAUAGAAUGCUACUCGCCAUUACUGCUUUGUUUACAUCUCCUCAGAACAAUUUCCGUAUAUUUAUGAAUGGCUCUCUCAUCUAUGGAGGAUUAGGGGGUGGCGCAGAUAAUAAUUCUGUACUGUCUCCUAAAACAGAAAAUGCAAUUGCAGAUCUGAUUGCUGCCAGUGGCUUACAGUUAGUUAGCUUGCUAGAGUUAACAGCAGAGAUACUACUAAGGUCUGAGAUUUUACAUAGACUUCUUGCAACUCAAAAGAUGGAUAUUCUUGACAUAGAAGGGGCAAUUCAUCUAUAUUACAAUAUUAUUUCUCAGCCUUGUUCGGUCUGCAAAAAUUUGAGCAAGGCAGAGGUUUUGCAUAAAUAUUCAUCCUUGCAUUCUCUACCAUUGGAGAAAAGCCUGAAAAUUGUUGGGGACUAUCUUAUAGCUGCUACUGCUAAAGAUUGUAGCCUGAUGAUCAGCUUUAGGCCUUCAGAAGAUGGACACAGUGCCUCUAAUCAUGAUACUGUUUUUUCCAAAUCAAUAAAUCAAAGCUAUGAUUACAAGGCUUACUAUAUUGACUUGGAUUUGAAACCUCUAAAGAAGAUGAUUUAUUACUACCAAUUAGACCAGAAGAUAGUGAACUUUUACAAAAUGAAUCAGGAGAUUCAAGGUAAAGUUUGCUGCUCCGGAAAUGGAGCUCCAACUGCAAAGCAUUGAAUCUUUCCACAGCUUGAAAUUUGGAGUUCCAGAUCUUGAAUAAAAUGCUAAUAAUGGAAAAUCUUUUGUACAUAAACUGAGCACACUGCCGUUGGCUCUUAUUAAAAAAAAAAACUUCUGACACUGAAAAUUGUCGUAUCUAGUAGACAAAUAUUUGCAGGAUCUUUACUACCGUAUCAAAUAAAGAGUAUGAUGUAGAUUUUUCUUCCUGGUCUAAUUGAAGACGGUUUUAGUUGUUGUAAAUCCUUCAUAAUAUGUUUCUGGGUCAAUCAAUAUUCCUUUUUCAUUA